AUGUUCAUUCGGAGCUUGAUGCUACAAAAACAAAAUGCGACCCAGCCUACCACAAAACCUAAAUCUAGCAAUAAAACUCUGGAGGAGAAAGGGAUUGCUCUUCUUCCGAUCAGAUUUGGUUCAAGGGUUUACUUCAUUCGAUUAGCUCAAAAAAACCCUAGAAAAAUCCAAAACAUCAUCAACAAUAAACAUACAUCUUCUGCUAAAACUCACAAACGACCUUGCCUCUCCAAUCAGGCAACCUUGUUCUCUAUUGAAAACCUCGAUAUGUCUAAGUUAUCAUUAUUUGACGAGGAUGGGGAAGCUUUGGGGGUUUUAGUUUAUGUUCACUUCAUUGGAUGGAUAAGAAGAGGCGAUGCAGAGUUUGUGCGACUCAAGGUAUUGAAGCUACAGGGGGUUAGAGCCAAGGGAAUGGGGAGGAUUUUGACGCUGGAGGUGAUUGAGAUAAUGGUGUGUAGCAUCUCCACUAAUCCCUCUGCAUUAAAAAUCAAAGAAGAGCAAGAGAGGGAGGGGAACUUCUUCUUGAAUGUCCAUCUAACCAACAAUGUUUCAGGAAAUCGCUAAAUAAGCUAAGGAAAUUUUGACAUUCCCAGGUUAGUAUCUUUUUU